AUGGGUACUGGAGCCGUGUUUUUUCAUCGAUUUUACAUGUUUCAUUCAUUUCGACAAUUUCCACGUUUCGCCAUGGCAACAUGUUGUUUAUUUUUAUCUGGAAAGGUGGAAGAGACGCCGAAAAAAAUUCGUGACAUAAUGAAAACAGCUCGACAAAUCUUAGAAGGUCCUCGUGAACGUUACAUACCAACAUUGGGAGAUGAAAAGGGUGAUCUUAUAUUACAGUAUGAACGCGUAUUAUUGCCAACAGUUAAAUUUGAUUUUUGUAUUCAAAAUCCGUACACAUAUCUAAGACAGUAUGCAAAAACCAUUAAAGGUAAGAUAUAA